AUGUUAUUUAGUGUCGCCAUGUGGAUUGUUUACUAUAUUCUAAUAUUCAUAACAUUCGUCAUAGCAACUACCAGUCAUGCAGAAGUCAACAAACGUCAGAGACGGUAUCUUAUCUUCACAACGGGUACUCAAUCUGGAGUAUUUGCAACAGUAUCGAUUCCUCUGCACCCUGACAGUACAGUCAGCGUGGCUUGGUUCUUCGAAGCAAAUUAUUAUACAGUCGCCAACGCAAGCUACUUGGACCCGCUUCUAGGAGACGUCGCUGUAACGAGAGAUAGGAAGGAGAGAAGUGUGAACGGCCACAAAGGAUUAACAAGAAGCUACAUGUAUCUUAUUAUUGAAUCUAUGCUGGAAAAACACGGCUACCCGGGCCGGGCGUGCUUACUCAGGGCUAUUUGUGAGUCUGGUACUGCACAGUAUCCCCACAACGGAUUAUUAGGCGAUAUCCUUCACCUUAUACUUACGGCACUUCUAUGCACUUGCUCCUCAUAUAAGAGCGAUAGACAGAGAAGAGGUCUUAUAUUUCCACCUACCAGUCUUUAUGGGACAUUCGUAGCCAUCGCAGUGCCAGUAGAUAUUCCUGAUAAAAAUGUUUUCGUCUCCUAUAACUUCGAAUCGAAUUACAGCGUUGUCACCAACAUCACGCAAAUAGACGAAGUAUUGUUCCCCAAUUUACCGAUUAUCGGUUCACGUCAAAGCCGCAGUAUCACCAGGGAACUCGCUUAUAUGGUUUUAGAAAAUCGUUUCAAAGAAUACGGCAUGAGCGGUAAAGCGUGCAUGCUGAGGAAUAUCUGCGAAGCAGCUGAAACUCCACUACAUCACAAUGGCCUUCUAGGUCACAUCAUGCAUAUUAUAUUCACACCAUCAUCAUCUCGAGAGGAGGGAAUCGAUGACCAGUAUUAUGCAGCCGAAUUGGAAGGGCAGAAAGGAAAUUGCGACCGAUAUCUAGACGAUUGUCCCUUCAGCUUGUUCGACAUUAUAACACGAUUAGUUGAGAUAAAAGACUCGUGA